CUCUUACCCCUCGUUUAGAUUGGCGCUGGGAGCAACAGAGUCAGGAAAAGGCUAGACUUGCUCGUUUUAUUUGUUUCUAACUCAACGGAGCCCACCUCAAAAACCACCGCGCAGAUAUAAAAAAAAUGUCCUCCAUCACAAUCGCAACUCUUCCCCGCAUGAGCCGCGAUGCUCUCUCGGCCCUCCUCCUCUCGGCCACUACCCCGAGCAAUCUGGCCAUCGUAGAUGUCCGUGAUUCUGACCACGUCGGCGGGCACAUCUUUUCUUCCACCUGGGUCCCUAGCUCCACGCUGGACGUGCGCAUGCCCGAACUCGUCCGCACGCUGAAAGACAAGGAGCAGGUUGUGUUCCACUGUGCGCUCAGCCAGCAGCGCGGCCCCUCGGCGGCUCUCCGCUAUGCCCGGGAGAGAGAGCGUGUGCUCGGCGCCGAAGAAAGCCACAAGCAGAAGGUUUUUGUCCUGGAAGGCGGCUUCGUGCAGUGGCAGGAGAAGUACGGCAAGGACACCCGCUUGACCCAAGCAUAUGUGGAAGAUAUUUGGCGGGAGUACUAAAGGGUUUGUUUCCUUGUCUCUUUUUCUGGGGAUGAAGUGGUGAUUUCUUUUAUACAUAUACCCUUGUG